AUGGCCAUCAGCGAAUCGUGGCUUAAACCGGGGAAGACCACGCGUCUCAUUGAAAUACCGUAUUACAAACUCGUAAGAAACGAUAGAGACAACAAAGGUGCUGAUGGCGUCGCAUUUUAUGUACAUUUUUCUUUGCGUUAUCGCGUAAUGGCUAAAUCGGAACAGCCCAAAGCUUAUAUUUUACGUCCAGAAUUCUUGUUUCUUGAAAUCUCCUCCGAUAACUUCAAGAUACUUUGCGGAGUUGUUUAUAACCCUCCAAAAUGCGGCUACUGGAGCAAGGUCGAAGAGGCCCUUUUCAAUUGCAGCUCUUGUCAGAAUCUCACGCUACUUUUCGGUGAUCUCAACAUAAACUGGGAUUCUACCACCACUCCUCGCAGAAUGUUGAGUGAAUCACUCUUUGUAUGUAACCUCGAACCUUUGCCUUUUGCGCCCACUUUUCACAGAGGCAACGUGCACAAUAAAAUCGAUUAUAUAUGCGUAAGUGACGUUGAGAAAGUUUCCUCCUUUAGACAGGCUUUGUAUCCCAGCAUCUCUGAGCACGAUGUACUUUUUGCCGAACUGGCGUAUAAUAUCUCCACCAGCCAGCCUGCUCCCAUUACGCGGCGCGAUUUUCGCAAUUUCGAUAAAAAUAGCUUCAUCAAUGAUCUUAACUCGAUCGAUUGGGGACACCUAACUAGCAUCCACCACGUUGAUGAGAAAGUUGAGUUUUUCACAAAUAGCAUACGUAAGCUCUACGACGUUCAUGCUCCCUUCCGCUCGUAUACUCCCAAGGUGCGAGCGACACCUUGGAAAACACCACAGCUCAAACAUCUUGUCAACGAGCGCAAUAAAGCUUGGAAUCGGUAUAGACGCUCUCGGAAAAACGAUGAUCACGUUAAAUAUAAACAGCUUCGCAAUGGCGUUAAAACGGCUACCCGAAACGCUAUCUCGCAUUACUACAAAGACAAACUUCUCAACACUAAAUGCUCGUCGGAUAUGUGGAAAGUUAUUAAUGACAUAGGAAUUUGCUCUCGUGACUCAGACAUGUCCUCCCUACCCGCUGACAUCAACGUUCUUAAUAAGCAUUUCGUAGGAGAUCACGGUGCUAACUCGUUGUUGGAUUCUCGUUCUACGGUUCGGAUUGCACCGGAUAAACGCUUCUAUUUCCAACACGUCCAAAUACUCGAUUUACUCGAGGCAACUUCUUCAGCACACUCCAAAGCUAUAGGGUCAGACGCGUGGAAAAAAGCUCUGGUUCGCCCGAUUCCUAAACGCUCUCAUCCAACCGAAUUAGACCACGUAAGACCCAUCAGCAUUCUCUGUGCAUCAGCUAAACUUCUGGAGGCAGUUGCCCUCAAACAAAUGACGAGUUACAUACUACGUAACGGCUUGCUUGAUCCCCAUCAAUCAGGUUUUCGCAAGCAUCACAGUGGUCAUACUGCUUUAAUAAAUAUCGUUGAUGAUAUUCGACUCGGCGUCGAAAAUGAUGAAGUCACUCUACUCUAG